AUCUUCAGGUCARUCCAGGACUCUUUAAAAUACAAAGGAUUCACUCAGAAUGAUCAACAARACCAAAAUCAAGAGUCCACCACAAGGAGGAUUGUCCUACUUGGAAAAACUGGAUCUGGGAAAAGUCACCUGGGUAACACCAUAUUAGGAGAGGAACUUUUCCUUUCGUAUCUUUCCUCUACCUCUGGAACCCAAA